AUGGAUCGCCUACGUGACCUGGCAACUCGAACCAGGCGUGCGGACUAUCACUUUCGAAUCCCAAAGUCCCUUUCCACCACUUCUCUCAUGGCCCACAAGUCUGCAGACCUUCUUGAGGGCAGCACCGACGGCGACGCCAGAUCCGCCCUCAGCUCGGCCAGCUCCUCCUUCCGACCUCAACCCCUACUGCCUGAUGAUCUGGGCGCCGCAAUGUCUCCAUAUUACCCUGUGCCAGCAUCUUCCCCUGCUCAGCCUCCCCCUCCUUCUGGCGCCAAGCCUACGACAGUCCAGCCCCGAGCCCAAGAAGCUGCCUCGAGCGCUGCAAAGAACAAGACUGCUGCCGUCAACAUGGGCAAGAAACAGCCGAGGAUGAAUGCGAAUAGGGGAGGAGAAGCAUGUCUGAAUGACGACGAUCCGUUUUUCACCGGUCACAAGGCCGACCAGCAGCUUUUCGGCCAGGUUCUGACUACCAUUGCCCAAGACGACGUCAUCGAGAACAGCGGCCGCGAGCUCUUCAAACGGGUCAACGAGUGUGCCCGUGAUUACAUGGAGGCCAAGCAGGUUGUCGAGCAACGCGAGCACGAGAUUGCUGCCAUCUCCACCAAGAUCGAGGCCAUGCAGGCAACCAUGGACAAGGCCAGCAAGCACCUGCACAAAGCCCAGGCAAUUGCCGCCGAGGCCAUCGACAGCAGCGUUGCCGAGCAAUUCAGGAUCAAGGAGCUGGAAAACCUGACCAAUAUCCUCAUUGGCAUGACCAAUGCCAUCGCAAGGGGCAACUGUCACAAUUGGCCCAGGGACAAGGUCAACAAGCAUCUUGAGGAACUCCAGUCCGUCUUUUACAAGAACAAGCACUACUGCCAGUCCCUGAUGGUCGGCAGUGGCAUUGCCUACGUUGCGAAGCACUUUGUCUUCCAUGCAGACUACGACGACGCGUUUGAGCCGAUGCUAUUCCACCUGGCCAACCAGACGGACUACAAGGGAUUCGUCAGGCGCUCCCGGGAGGAGGACCACGACGUUGCGAAACAGUAUCAGGUUGUUUACACCGCCCGCCCCGGUUGCAACACAAAGACUAGCACCGCCGCCAGUGCUGCUCCUCCGGGUCGUGAGGGCCCCACCGACAAGAUCAAAGACUGUCGGGUUGAUGGUGGCGCUCCUGAACAGGCACCGGAUGAUGCCGCCCGUGUUGCCCAGGCCGGAUCCUACAAUCUCAAGCAGACCGCAUCGCAGACCUCGGUCACGCUGCCGCCGCGCUCAUCCUCUCUCCCGUCAUCCGCGCGCAAGCUCACAGGGAAGGCCUCUCAUCAGGCUCAUCAUGGUCAACGAACCGACGCUCCUGGCGACGCUGUUUUCUCUGGUCCCCACAGAAACACCGCGCACAUCCACAAACACUUUGAGCUCACCCCCGAUGCUGAUAUGAACAAGAUGGCUGACAAGAUCCGCGCCCAUCUCGAGUCACAGCCCGGGCUGACGUCGGACAACUUGAUGAAGGCAGCAGUUAUGGAAUCGAUAGCUGGUCUGGAGGCUGUUUUCCAAGGCGGGACGGCCGCGACUCCUCCAAAGGUGAGGAAGGAUGCCGCGUCGGUGUUGGAGGAUAUUGAGCGUCUGAACAAGGAUUUUGUCAUGUCUGAGCAGGUCACCCGGAAGCUAAGCGCUGCGGCGGACAAGCUGGGCUUCCGCUCCGUCCAGACCCACGACCUCCCCGGCGGGCGGAUCCAAAUUGAUGUGACGACGGCUGGCUGUUUUGAGGGCUGUGGGCACAAGCCGGCCAACUCGAAUGGCCAAGCGAGCAGUACCACAAGUGGAAACAUCCCUGGACAAGACAUGGCAGCCAGCAGGGGAGAUUCAGACCAGUUGUGGAAGGAUCACUACGUGCCAAGCAUUACCCCUGGUAAGCUCUGACGCCACGAUGGUUAUGGCGUACUUGGGUCGCCUUAGAAACGGACAGAACUGGAUACAAUGCUUUCUCAUGGUGUGUUUGAUCCAGUGAGGGUUGGCUGGUGGCCUAUUUCUGAUCCAACUGGCACGGGGGUGCCGCCGGAGGGGCAAAUUUUCUGCACAAUGGGCUGGCAAUGGGCAUUUCGGGGGCCGAAGUCACGGCUUUUUGGCAUUGAAAACGUUCAGUUCUGCGGAUCACCUCGGGAAGCUUUC